AUGGACCCAAUACUCAAGGCAAACUUUUGGAACGACGGCUACUUGAUUGGCAACCUACAUUUGUCUGCUGCUACUUUGAAGUCCGCUCUUGCUGAGUUGAAAGCCCUAGAGUUCCGACCAAUCUUCGGUGAAGUGUACGAGUUGGAGCGCGACUCCAAGCGGCUCCAAGCAGGUAUCACGGUCUUUGGCCCCGCCAUCGAGAAAAUUUACAAGCGCAUCAAACGAAUUGUGAAAGAGUCGGAGGAUGAGUGGUAUACGAAGCGCAAGUUGUGGGCGGCUCUUAAGUCACUUCCCGGUGGUCUACGACAAGGUCUUCACCGAGACUUCCCCUCCUUUGAGACUAGCAAGGCUCUUUUAGAGAAAGAUGUGGUGCAGGCGUCAGUGAUAAUAUCGCUGAUGCCGAACACCUACUUUUACAUCUAUCCUGGGUGUUUUGGCGCCUACUGGACCGUGACAAAUGCACUGCCGUGA